AUGGCGCCCGUCUCAAUGCCUUCGGCCCUCACUUUUGAGCUGCUGGGAAAGUGCUCGGUCACCAAAGCACGCGCGGCAACGCUGCAUCUGCCUCAUGGCCCUGUACCCCUCCCCAUCUUCAUGCCCGUUGCGACGCAGGCCUCGCUCAAAGGCCUCACGCCCGACCAACUCGAAGACCAGGGCUGCCGGCUAUGUCUAAACAACACAUAUCACCUUUUCCAGAUGGUAUCGCUCCUCAAACUCGCCAAAGUCACUGAAGAAGGUGUCCGUUUCCUCAGCCCCCACGAUGGGUCGCCCAUGCUGCUCACACCCGAACACUCCAUCUCCCUCCAGAACUCAAUCGGCUCUGACAUAAUCAUGCAACUCGACGACGUUAUCGCAACCACCUCGCCCGACCACGCGCGUAUGAAGGAGGCCAUGGAACGCUCGGUACGCUGGCUUGACCGCUGCAUACAAGCGCAUAAAUACCCAGACCGACAGAACCUUUUCUGUAUCAUUCAAGGUGGCCUGGACCUGGACAUGCGGAAAGAAUGUACCGCCGAGAUGGUUGCGCGAGAUACACCAGGCAUCGCGAUAGGGGGUCUUUCUGGCGGUGAGGAGAAGGCAGCCUAUUGCGAAGUCGUGAAGACAUGCACCGACCUGCUUCCUGAGAAGAAGCCGCGAUAUGUUAUGGGCGUCGGAUAUCCAGAAGAUCUGGUCGUCUCCGUCGCACUCGGCGCCGACAUGUUUGACUGUGUCUGGCCGACACGAACCGCCCGAUUUGGCAACGCCAUCACAUCCCGCGGCUCUCUCAACCUACGCAAUGCCAUGUACUCCGAAGAUUUCAGCCCUGUCGAAGAAGGUUGCCGAUGCACUUGCUGCCGUCCGACAUCCGAUGGCGGACUGGGUAUCACUCGAGCCUACAUAUACCACGUCACCGCGAAAGAGACUGCUGGUGCCCACCUUCUCACCAUGCACAACGUCUACUACCAAUUGAAUUUGAUGAGGGAAGCGAGAGAGGCCAUCAUGCAGGAUCGCUACCCACAAUUUGUCAAGGACUUCUUUGGUGAUCUGUACAACAGGGAAAAGGAUAAGUAUCCUAUAUGGGCGGUCGACGCGCUGAAAAGCGUUGGUGUAGACCUGCUUGCCGAGUAG